AUGGUCCUGGGUCGUGAUCUUCUGGACAACACGCUGAACUUGGUGCCAUCACUGAUACCACUGCAUAUGGAUAUCAAAGAAGAUAGCCCCGAAUAUCAAGUGCUGGAAAAGAAGAAUCAGCAAAUCGUGGACAAUAAACAUCAAGACGGCAGCGUUAGUGACGCAAUCGAGUAUUUUGAUCAAACGGCGACCCUCCUGGAUAAAUUAAGAGCUGUUCAAAAGCAGCUUCGGCAAUACAUCAGGGAUGGCGUGAACCAAAGUCUCACUGAAGCCAGGCGAAGUGAAGCAGUAUGUGCUGGUAUACUUGUGCUGGUAUGUGUGGUGUCACCAAUAAUCAUCGCUCUAGUGCGGAAUGCCGUCAACACUAUACAGAUUUACGCCAGAAAUCUCUCCGAGAAAGCCCGUGAACUUGAGUACGAAAAAGAGCUCAGUGAUUCACUCUUAUAUCAGAUGCUGCCACCAAGUGUUGCCAAGCAGUUAAAGCAAACUCAACAGGUGCCUGCUGAAUUCUUUGCUUCAGUGACAGUAUAUUUCAGUGACAUAGUGGGAUUUACAGCAAUAGCGGCUGUUUCCACGCCAUAUCAGGUGAUCAGCUUCCUCAAUUCAGUUUACAAGCUUUUCGAUGAACGCAUUGAGUGCUAUGACGUCUACAAAAUUGAAACAAUAGGAGACUCUUAUAUGGUGGCUUCGGGACUUCCAGUGAGAAAUGGCAAUAAACACGCUACAGAAAUCGCUAGUAUGGCGCUAGAAUUGCUAGAAGCGACAUCUAUGUGCCGACUCCCACAUCGGCCUGAUCAGACACUCUGUAUGAGGAGUGGUAUUCACACGGGACCCUGUGUGGCCGGUAUAGUAGGAAGCAAAAUGCCAAGAUAUUGCCUCUUUGGGGACACCAUUAACACUGCCAGCAGGAUGGAAAGCACAGGGGAACCAAUGAAAAUUCAGAUCUCUGAAGACGUGAAGAGAGCCUUGGAUAAAUCUGGCCGCUUUAUUACUGCUCCGAGGGGAUUAGUCGAUGUUAAGGGCAAAGGGGAAAUGAUGACCUACUGGUUGGAAGGUAGGACGGAUCCUUCCCCAGUUAGACCCACAACCUCCUCUCUGGACUACACGCCGAGCUUUUUAGCAAGGAUACAUUCAAAAGGUAAAGUACGCAAUAAGUACAGUAAGUACACCGCGUCGCCUCGUGCGACAGAGAGAGACUGA